AUGUCUUUAGAAAUUUUGUCAAUAGAGGGGUUUCGUAUAGAUGGACGACGGUGGAAUGAAUUGAGACACUUUACAGCUAAAGUAGAUAUUGACAAUUUUGCAGAUGGCAGUUCAUAUGUUGAACAAGGAAAUACUAAAGUAAUAUGUAUGGUUCACGGGCCAAUUGAGCCGAACACAAAAAGUAAGGUGUCUCUUGAUCGAGAGCGUAUUACGAUAGAUAUCAGUAUUGCAGCGUUUAGUUCAGUUGAAAGGAAGAAAAGAACUAAAUCAGACAAACGAAUUCAAGAAUAUGUUGCAUGUAUACAAAAGGUGUUUGAAAAAGCUAUUCAAACAGGACUUCAUCCUCGUAGUGAGAUCAAUAUAUGUAUUCAAGUAUUAGCACAAGAUGGAGGCAUGUUUAAUAGGAUAUUGCAGACAUGUAUUAAUGCAGUUUCAUUGGCUUUGAUUAAUGCGGGUAUUCCUAUGUAUGACUAUGUUUCUGCAAGUACGGUUGGAUCUACAGAUACAGAUCCUCUUUUAGAUCUCAAUGCUGUAGAGGAAAAUAGUAUUUCAUGGUAUACUGUUGCUAUUCUUGGUAAAUCUGAAGAUAUUAUUCUUUUACAGACAGAAACACGUAUUCAUAUGGAAAAAUUUGAACAUAUGCUUUCUUUAGCUCUACAUGGUUGUCAACAAAUUUAUAAAAUUAUGGAUAAUAGUAUUCGAAAUGCAGUAUCGUCAUAG